CGGCGAACUUAGGAGAGCCACCAAAGAUAUGACAGAAACAUGUACUUCGACAAGUGUCAAGCUGUUUGAAAAGUUUACCAUUCAAGGUUUGGAUAGCUAAUCCACAUUUUAACUGGAGGUGUACUAUUUGUAAACAAAGAAAGCGCUGCUAUCCUCUCACUAAAAUGAAUAUUAUUUCUCUUCCUGGUACGCCAGCCAGUUUUAUAAAUAUCGAUAGUCCUUUGGCACCAGGUGCCCGUAUUCUGUCUGUGAAGUCAUCUAUUUUUAGCAUUGGUUGUAGAGAAAAGCAUAUUUAAAUAUGAGAAGGCUUUGUAAAGAUUGUACAUACUGUAACUAUGCAUACCUAUUCUUUUCAGCAAAUAUAUGUUUGUUCGUGUGUUUGCAGAAUGAUGAAAAUUUUUAUAUCACAAGAUGUCUUAACAAAGAUUUUUUUUUUGCGGAAGUUUGGCUUUCGUUAACUGCUUACCAAAGAAGAGGAUCUAGUAUUCUGACUGCAGAAAGACGUGAGUUCAUCAAUCAAUACCUUCAAGAUUGCUGUGACUUGUCAAACUAU